AUGGCCACUAUUCGCAUUCUUAUUUCCACCUCGGCCAUCACUGUCGCUGAUACUAGCACUGAGGAUAUCGCUUGGGGGGCGUGGAAGGUGGUGGAUAUGGGUACUUACGGUGCUGUUAAAUACGUGCAUGUAAUCGAGGAGGUGGCGGAUGCCGGAAGCGAGAUUGAUCCCGGUCCUGGGAGGAGGGUUUGUGUUUGUGUUCUUGUUCUUCUGCCUUUGAAGCAUUCAAACACAUUUCAACGCCAGGCAAAGUACACCCAGCUCCACAACACGCUUCCAAUUCUCCUUUGUAGACCAUUAUGGAUCAAGGCUGAAUGUUGUCGCCCUAUGACUACGGUCGUCGCAUUGAAGAUGGUGAAAGGAAAGCUGGCUUGCGAGCUAUGGUACUGUACUAUCUGCAUGAAAGGAAGAGCGGGAGACAUACAUCGACUUCGAUGCGCCUCUAACAUAUUUAUCCAAAUCGACUUUGUCUCGAUUCUCCUCUGCCGCGUGGACGGUAGGGUAUUCUUGCAAGGAUGCCCUCCCUCCACAUCAAGGUUAGCGCGUAUAUUCAGUACGUCCACAAACAUCACAUCACGCAUUAAAUCAAAGCAGAUCUUAGCGAAGAUCCUAAGGAAAUCUCCUGCAACCCCAGAUUUCGCAGGGAUGGCUUCGUGGAAACCGUGGACUCAGCGUGAGGAGCAGUUGGGAUUUCAAGGUACUGUUGCUGUUGGCUCCUCGCAUGGCCUCUUUUCAAUGUACAAAGCUCGAUGGUUUUCUGUUUCUAGUUUCCUGCCCUCCUUCUAUCAACUUUCUGGAUCUCUUCUACCAAAUUCUUACCCUCCCAUCAUGCGUUUCACACUCAACAUAUCCCAUAAUUCCUUUCCUCCUUCAUUUUCCCCCUCCCUCUCUCCCUACCAGCAUCAUCCCACCAUGACCCCGACCUUACCUGCACCACACAAACCUCCCUUCCAAACCACUACUUCAACACCGCCCCCCAUACUCCCCUCCUUCAACACUACAGCAAUUGAGACUGACUCUUCGACGGUAUAUCCCAAGACGGCCGUACCACACCGCCGCACAAUGAGUAUUCUUCGUUGCCAUGUGGCCAAAUGGAACAUGGUAUCUAGAGAAUUCGUUUGCGACGUCCAGCAAGAUUGCCAUGUGUCUGUAUAUCGUCAUAUGAACAUGGAUGAACGAGAGUGCAAGAAUCAACUUGACUCUCUCCUCUCAACGAUCCUUCGAGACCACAACCUUGACCAUAACCACCACGGCAAUCAACAGAACAUACACCCUAACCCCAAGCAUCCAACCUAUCCAAACGACGAAAUCUUCCCGUCCCGCGUUGGAACCAUGGUCUUCGCACAAGAGCUAUACUGGGCGGAAAACGUGCCUGCUGGGACCUUCACCCCAAACUUCCGCAUGUUGGGAAUGGAGCUAGUGAUGGUGGGUACGUGUGGCAGGGAGAGAAAUUGGAAUGCACAUGUCUGGGGAGAGACUAGCGGGUCUUGGGAUAUGGUAAGAGCGGGUGUAGGACCUUGGCGAUUUGUUGUUUGGGGGUAUUUGUUGAAUCUGGGGGAGGUAAUCGAGGAAAGAGAGGAUUACGCUACCAUAACGCAAACUUCCACCACCCACGACAAUAACAACAACCUCGUCUAUCUAUCAAAUUCUGGAAUCCAGGUUCUCAGGCUACAUACUGAAUAUGGUGUCCCUACACUCGCAACAACUCUGAAAUUCCAAGACAUCGUUUACGAAAUGCGUGUACUCAUUUCUAUGGAAUCGUGGAGGGAGGGUUGGGCGGAUGGAGAUGGUAUGACCGAGGGCUUGGUUAGUGGAUAG